AUGUUAAACAGACUUAGAGUUUCGAUUGAAGACGAAGCACGAAGCGGAAGACCUUCAUCUUCAAGAACUGAUGAAGAUAUUGACAGAAUCUGGGAUCAAUGCUUUGCUGAGUUACUGUCUGUUUUCGGCAACGAAGCGCCACAUCAUCUUAGCGACGAUCCCAGGGUGAGUGCACCAAAAACGGCAGUCACCCAGGAAAACGUCGAUGCUGUGCGCAAACUCAUCAUUGAAGAUAGACAUGCGUCCUUGAAGAUAUCAAAGACCUCAAUUCAAAAAAUUUUACAUGAAGAAUUAGGAGUAGGAAAAUUAGUUUCUCGUUGGAUACCCCACCUGUUGACUGAAGAGCAGAAAGCAGCCAGGGUUAAUUGUGGUGAUGAAUCGUGGAUUUACUGUUAUGAACCAGAAAAUAAACGACAGUCGGCUGUUUGUGUGUUCCAAGGUGAAGAAAAGCCAACAAAAAUGGUCGCGACAUUUGUGUCAAAAGCGGGUCAUAUUGCAACAAUUCCUCUUAAUGAGCAAAGAACUGUUACUGCGAAUUGGUAUACCACCAUUUGUUUGUCAAAAGUCAUCACCGAGCUUCGAAAAAUCAACCCUGGAAGAAGAAUCAUCCUCCACCAAGACAAUGCCAGCUCGCACACAGCCCAAAAAACAAGGCAGUAUUUAACGGAAGAAAACGUGGAAUUAUUGGACCAUCCUCCAUAUAGUCCCGAUCUAAGUCCUAACGAUUUCUUUACUUUCUCGAAAAUUAAAAACAGUCUGGGUGAAGAAGCAGUUGACGCAUUAAAAAAUGCCGUUUUGGAUCUGCCAGCAAACGAGUGGAAUAAGUGCUUCGAAAAUUGGUUCGAGCGCAUACAAUUAUCGCAACAAGAAUGCCUUGCUGAGUUACUGUCUUCUGGUGAUGAAUCGUGGAUUUACUGUUAUGAACCAGAAAAUAAACGACAGUCGGCUGUUUGGGUGUUCCAAGGUGAAGAAAAGCCAUCAGCAGUCAUCCGUUCUCGAAGUGUUUCGAAAAAGAUGGUCGCGACAUUUGUAUCAAAAGCGGGUCAUAUCGCAACAAUUCCUCUUAAUGAGCAAAUAACUGUUAUUGCGGAUUGGUAUACCACCAUCUGUUUGCCAAAAGUCAUCACCGAGGUUCGAAAAAUCAACCCCGAAAGAAGAAUUCCACCAAGACAAUGCAAGCUUGCACACAGCCCAAAAAACAAGACAGUAUUUAACGGAAGAAAACGUGGAAUUAGUCCCGAUCUAAGUCCUAGCGAUUUCUUUACUUUCCCGAAAAUUAACAGACUGCGUGGUCAAAGGUUCCCGUCACCAGAAGAAGCAGUUGACGCAUUCAAAAAUGCCGUUUUGGAUCUACCAGCAAACGAGUGGAAUAAGUGCUUCGAAAAUUAG